AUGCAUUUGAUCAAGUCCAUCUUCUUCCUUGCCGCACCCGCUAUUGUAGCGGCGACACUCGACCCAGCUUCGUCAAACACCAAGGGCUACAAACCCAGUAGCCUGAACUGCGAUGCCGCCAAGGUUUCCACUGCCAUCCAAGCAGCCGAGUGCUCCCACAACACUCGCACAUCCGAAACCCAAACUUUCGCCGUCUUCGAGACCGACCACCAAUACGACGCAAACAACGGUGCUCCCUACGGCACAUGCAGUGCUUACACCUGCACUGCCCCUACCAGUGAUGAAUUGGAGGAGGAUUCGGACUACUGGGUAUUCUACUGGAGCGAUGCCGGAAACAGCACUGGAUACGGCACUACUUGUAUUAAAGACCCCCAGACGGGAGAGUGUGGCUGUGAGAACUCGGAUGGCACCUUUGUUGCUGGCAGUGAUAGCUGCACUUAA